GGGCGCUGAAUUACGGUUUUGUUGUGGAAAUCUUCGGUUUUCUAUUUUCUAUUGUGCAUGAGUUUUUCCACAGCAGCUUUUAAUGUGGCCCUGGCUCGAGCGUCAAAAAAUACCAGGAAUGCAAACCCUGGAUAUCGGUGUCUAGCUACGCCUCUGCAUUUAGUUGGCUUCCCGCAGCAACAUCAAACAACCACAGAUAGCAUUUACUGCCCAUCUGACAUAAUCUUUGGGCUAAACAUUUCCCCAGCCAGUUGGCUGGCUUCCAUCCCACCUCCAUCUUCAUUUCACCGGAGACUUUCCACCAGAACGGUCAUGAGUCAAGGGAUCAUCAGCCAGGAGGUAAACGGACGCCAGGAGGAAGGACGGCGGCGCCGGGUGGCAAUUGUGGGAGCGGGUUUGGUGGGUUCACUGGCAGCCUUGAAUUUUGCCCGCAUGGGCAAUCACGUGGAUUUGUAUGAGUACCGGGAGGACAUCCGCCAUGCUGCGGUGGUCCAGGGCAGGAGCAUUAACCUGGCCCUUUCUCAGAGAGGCCGCAAGGCUCUGGCCGCCGUGGGUCUGGAGGAGAAGAUCCUGGCCACCGCCAUACCCAUGAGGGGCAGAAUGCUGCACGAUGCCCGCGGAAACACCAGUGUGGUCCUGUACGAUCCCUGCACCAAGCAAUGUCUGUAUUCCGUGGGUCGCCGCCAGCUUAACGAAGUCCUUCUGGAUGCUUGUGACAAGUUUCCUAAUAUCCGCUGCCACUUCAAGCACAAACUGACGAGUGCCAAGCUGAGGGAGGGUUCCAUGGAGUUCCGGAAUGCCAACGACGAUGUGAUAGCUGCCCAGGCAGAUCUUAUAGUGGGCUGCGAUGGCGCCUUCAGUAGUGUUCGCCAGCAACUGGUCCGUUUGCCGGGUUUCAACUACUCCCAGGAGUACAUUGAAACUGGCUACCUGGAGCUUUGUAUACCCUCGAAGUCGGGUGAUUUCCAGAUGCCCGCCAACUAUCUGCACAUCUGGCCGCGUAACUCCUUCAUGAUGAUCGCCUUGCCGAAUCAGGAUAAGUCAUUCACGGUCACGCUUUCCAUGCCUUUCGAGGUCUUCGCUAAGAUACAAAAUCAACAUGAUCUACUGGCUUUCUUUCGCCUGAACUAUCCCGAUGCACUGCCACUGAUUGGAGAGCAACAGCUCGUCAAGGACUUUUUCAAAACCCGGCCACAGCAUUUGGUGUCCAUCAAGUGCCGACCCUAUCACUAUGCGGAUAAGGCUUUGAUCCUUGGCGAUGCCGCCCAUGCCAUGGUUCCUUACUAUGGCCAGGGAAUGAAUGCUGGGAUGGAGGAUGUCACUCUGCUGACGGACAUUUUGGCCAAGCAGUUGCCGCUGGACGAGGCUUUGGCCCAGUUUACGGAGUCGCGCUGGCAGGACGCCUUUGCCAUUUGCGAUCUGGCCAUGUAUAACUAUGUGGAGAUGCGAGACCUGACCAAACGCUGGUCCUUCCGGCUUCGAAAAUGGCUGGACACCCUGCUCUUCCGUUUGUUCCCCGGCUGGAUUCCGCUCUAUAAUAGCGUCUCCUUUUCCAGUAUGCCCUAUAGCCAGUGCAUUGCCAAUAGAAAGUGGCAGGAUCAGCUGCUAAAACGUGUUUCUGGCGCCACCCUUUUGGCAGUGGUUCUGGCAGGAGGAGCCUUUUAUGCACAGCGUUUUUUAUGAAAUAAAUUCAUAUAUCUUUAAGAAAUAUACUGAUUUAAAUGAAUUUUUAUAAAGCAGAUUGCAUCUGUAACACCCCACAUUAUGUAAAAACUGGUUUUAAAACUCCGAAUUUGUAGCAUUCAAUAAAUUGUAUAAGUUUUUUACAUUUUUAAGACAGUUCUUCUAAUUUGUCUUAAAUUUGUCAAAAGUAAUGAUACAUGUAUAGAUACAAAUGUUUCUAACAAAAAUGUUGCAAAGCAAAUGUAUAGAUACACAUAUUUUGCAUCUAUUAGAUGCUCGAUCUUUCCUAUAUUAGAAUAAAUAUUUUGAUGAGAACUAUACAAUAUUA